UUCGCGCACAGCAGGGCAGCAGCAGCCAGACAGGAGAUACUGGCUCACCACUGGCAUGUUGAACCAUGCCGACUGUGGGAGGACCUCUGAGUUCGUCGGGCAAGGGGGUGUUGGGAGGGAAGUGGCACCGCCGACCGAAAUGGACGCCGACGACAAGUUAGAGAAUUUGACUGCGGAGGAGGAACCCGGCUACGGCCUUGGUCUGCCGGGCCUGGCCUCGCUUACGCUGCCAUCGGACGGCAUGGUUGUACCUCCUCUCAACUUCUCCAUGGUAUCAGUGGGCGUAUUUAGAAGCGGCUACCCGAUAGCUUGCAAUUUUCCCUUCCUUCGUCGACUGGGGCUGCAAAGUAUUCUCUGCCUGUGCCCAGAGAGCGUGCUCCCUGGGUCACUAGAGUGGGCCAAGGAAUCCGGAGUAAGCAUGGAAAUGUGCGAUUUAGGAGAGAACAGCCCACCUUUCGUGUCCAUGCCGCUCGCGGCCAUGAGAAAAGCGGUGGACUAUCUCUCUGAUUGUCGAAAUCGACCAGUGCUGGUGCAUUGCCUCACUGGGAAGACUCAAACAGGUUGCGCAAUAGGCUGCCUCCGGCGAAGACAAAACUGGGCGCUGGGGGCUAUCUUCGAUGAGUACACGCGCUUCGCGGGACCGUCGGCAAAACCGUUGGAUAUGCAAUUCAUUGAGCUGUUCGAGUGACUUUUUAGCCCGCUGUCACACAUGCCUGGAUGCGUGCCAAGCCGGCAACGCAAGUGUUUGUCUGUUUCUGGACCAAAUGGCAACGAAAUUUGUUUCCCUAAGUUUCACUUACACAAGCUCUACAGGUACCACCCUGCCCGAACUUCUGCCGUCAGCGAGCCUCGCCAGCCGUGCUGACAAGCUUUCACGUCCCAACUCUUUGCUAUCCGUUUCUGGUUUCGCUCUCGGAAAUGGAACAGCUGGAGGUUCGGGGUGGGUUAGUCCCGGGGCUUGAAACGAGCUGAUGACCGCGGGGCCCCCGUGAAGCUCUUGGUCUUCGCGGGUGGUGUGGCCACUGGCGGGACUAAUGCGUGCUUGUACUCGCAUGCGAUGUCUUGACUUCGGGUUCCCAUCUUGUGUAGGAAGUUUGCCACGUAGCAUCUCGCCACCCUUUGCAGCCGAGUAGGACCAGGUAUCUCCUGGCCGCAACUUGCUGGGGUCGUUGUUUAGCCGGGCAAAGUCAAGCGGUGGCACAACGGCUGGUGAUGUCGACAGGUGGACGAACCGCGAGUCGACGAACGGCGCGGCCGUAGGCGACCGACCGUUGCCGUAAGCCGGCCCUCGGCGGGCUGGUGCUGUCAUGGCUCGAUGGUCGUCUUCGGCGGAAUCCUUCCGCAUUUGUAGUUCACAUUCGCCGCACAUAUGAGAGUAGCGAUAGGGCGGGGACGUUCACGCGUUAGGUCGACCUCGCGUGGUAGACGGUCUUGAGCAACUGUCUAGGAGCGAACGCAAAAACAU